GCUGAUGUGCAUGAGACUUGAGUUGUGACAUUUUCAUUUGGUACUGUGCUACAAAUAGAACAAGGGGCAGGCAGUGUUGGUCACACUUCUUGAAAAUGCCUACAAAUGGGUUGAUUUGGUUGGAUGAAAGGUCAGAAAGGGAAUUGACUGCUUUAAAUCUUUGUACAUGUAACUAACCUAUCAUGGGAAGUUCUACUGGUCUCUGAACGUCUACCCCAGGAAAUGUAGCCUUAUCUGUCUUUCAAUUAAGAUGAACAAAUACCACUAUUAGGAGCCUGUUUGCACAGCCUUUUCCCCUCCUAUUUUCUAAUCUCCUACAGAAAUCAAUACACAAACAUGAUGGAUUACAACUCUUCUUGUCAUGGUGACAAGUUCCAAGUGCAGUUAUUGCCUUCAAUGUACGGUGUUGAGUUCUGCGUGGCGUUGGUUGGUAACCUGUUUGCCCUGAGACUCUUGGCGACCAGGGAGAGGAACAACUGGCACACUGGUGUGGUGCUGUCCUGUAACCUGGCCAUCAGUGACCUGCUCUAUGUCCUCACACUGCCCCUGCUCAUAGUCUACUACAUGCAGGACAAGAACUGGCUGUUUGGGGUGGCGGUCUGUAAGAUAGAACGCUUCCUCUUCACCUGCAACCUGUAUGUCAGUAUCUACUUCAUCAUGUGUAUCAGUGUGAACCGCUAUGUGGCCAUUGUGUACCCCUUCUUCAGCCGGAACCAUGUGAACCCAGACAAAGCCAAGGCUGCCAGUGUCGUCAUCUGGAUCUUUGUGACAGCCAUCUCCUCUCCUGUGCUGAAGUUUGCCUCCACAUGUCCAGAGGGAAUCAACAAAACCCGUUGUGUAUCCUACUCCUAUUGCACCAACAGUGAUGCAGUUGCAGUUGCAUACACUCACUUGUUUUACAAAUUCUUUCUGUCUGUGGUUGGGUGUUUUAUUCCCUUCCUGGUCACAUUUGCAUCAUACUGCGCAGUGUUAAGGGUGGUGUGGAGGAAUGUGAAUAUAACCUCCCUGGAGAAACGGAAGGUGGCCCUGAUGGUGUUUGCAGUGGUUGUGAUGUAUGCCAUUUCCUUUGUGCCUUAUCACCUCCUCCAGAGCUACUAUUUCUACCAGAAGGUUGACGAACUUGGCUCUGUCUGCGACUGGGUGUACAAGGCCUACCAGGUGUCCAAGGGACUGGCUACACUGAACAUGUGCAUCCAUCCACUGCUCUACAUGGCUGUGUUUGAUAACAUCCGAGUCGCCUGCUGUGGAAGGAGCUCAGCAGAUAUGGCAAUGAAUAAUACAUGAACAAAAUGAUGCUCUCGCUGCUCUUUGGAUUGCUUGCACUUAUGGUGUUUCUGAUAAGCAAGUGUUACACACAGUUGAUGACUUAUCUGUAAAUAACUGCAGCUAUAUGCACUUCCUUCCAAUGUUCUGAUGGUCAUGUUUCUUUUCAUGAUGUCUAAACUAUGCCCUCUUCUAUAUUCAUUAUUACAGUAUCAGAUAAUAGAAAUUUAACAUAUUCAAAAUAACUAUUUGAAAUGUAGCUACAUUACAACAUAAUAACUUACAGUUUUCACAUGAGAAAUAUAUUAACACCAAAAGCACUGGAUAAAAAGUUAUUAUAACAACCAUUUCUGCCCUAGGAAACAGUGGAUGGAAACGCGUGCUAGUUUGAAAUGGAAAAGAGUCGCUGUAGCUAUUGAUAAAGAACAUCAAGACGAUGCAGCUGCUUUAGAAGUGGGAUGCACUGUUGAGCGUUACAUCCCGAGGGGUUCGUGCUGAUUGUAUGGAGAUUGUGACAGCCAUCUCUUGAGAGGGCAAGAACAAGAUGAAUGUGAGAAGUGCAGUAUUAUCAUAAGGUGAUGUAUACUUGGAGGAAGGGGGAAUGGAGGGAAAACGUGAGGCAGAUGAGGUCUAAAAGAGAGGGAGAAAUAGGGUGAGCUUAAGUCGGUUAAAAAUGGCGGGGAAAAGGGAGAUGGUUUGUUAAAGAGGAAUGGUAGAAAGUGUAAGCAGAGUGAGUUGUACGCAGGAUUGAAGACAGGAGGGGAAAGGGAAGUGAAACAGGGCGAAGUAUCGGAGGCGCAAUGGCGACCUGCCAUUCGGGCAGGAAGCUCCACCUGUUUAGUAAAAUACUUUAAAAAAAUAUAUAUAUAUAUAUAUAUAUUUUGAGUUGUAAACAUGUAUAUAUAUAUAUGUAUAAACAUAUAUAUACACAUUUAGUGUGUUAUUUUGGCAUUUAUGUGUCACAUAAAUGUUUACAACUCAAACAAAACAUUUGUUAGUAAGCAUCCCCCUUUUUCCUCCAAACAUAACAAUGGUCGUGAUGGCCAAACAGUUAUAUUCUUGUUUCAUCAGCCCAGAGGGGAUUUCUCCAAAAAGUAUGAUCUUUGUCCCCAUGUGCAGUUGCAAACUGUAGUCUGGCUUUUUAUGGCGGUUUUGGAGCAGUGGCUUCUUCCUUGCUGAGCGGCCUUACAGGUUAUGUCGAUAUAGGACUUGUUUUACUGUGGAUAUAGAUACUGUUGAACCUGUUUCCUCCCAUAUCUUUACAAGGUCUUUUGCUGUUGUUCUGGGAUUGAUUUGCACUUUUCGUACCAAAGUACGUUAAUCUCUAGGAGACAGAAAGCAUCUCCUCCUGAGCGGUGUGACAGCUGCGUGGUCCCAUGGUGUUUAUACUUGCGUACUAUUGUUUGUACAGAUGAACAUGGUACCUUCAAGGUUUUGGAAAUUGCUCCCAAUGAGCAAUUUUUUUUCUGAGGUCUUGGCGGAUUUCUUUUGAUUUUCUCAUGAUGUUAAGCAAAGAGGCACUGAGUUUGAAGGUAGGCCUUGAAAUACAUCCACAGAUACACCUCCAAUUGACUCAAAUUAUGUUAAUUGGACUUUCAGAAGCUUCUAAAGCCGUUACAUAUUUUUCUGGAAUUUUCCAAGCUGUUUAAAGGCACUGUUAACUUAGUGUAUGUAAACUUCUGACCCACUGGAAUUGUGAUACAGUGAAAUAAUCUGUCUGUAAACAAUUGUUGGAUAAAUUAUUUGUGUCAUUGCACAAAGUAGAUGUCCUAACCGACUUGCCAAAACUAUAGUUUGUUAACAAGAAAUUUGUGGAGUGGUUGAAAAUGGAGUUUUAAUGACUCCAACCUAAUGUCAUGACUGUCCUGAUCAGGUCAGGUUACAGGAGACCACAACCCUACAGAUUAUCUCUCAACCCCAACAGAGAAGGAGAGAUCUAGGGGUCUGAAGAUGUGGUUUUUUUAUGACCCCUCACGUCCCUGUUAAAUCUCAGGCCACAGACAAAUUCCUUUGUCCUGUUACUAUGGAGAACCAGCCUCAGAUCAUUAAAUAUGAAAUAAAGGGACUUUGGAACAAUGGUUUCCAUCAGCCACAAUGGUGGUCAUGACGAUAGAUUGGAAUAUGAAAAUGUAUGUCAUUUUUGUUUUGUUAUUAAAGGUUAAUAGAUGACGUUAUUACGAAAACAUUGUAAUGUGAAGAGUUUUCCUAGUAGAUGAUGUUUAUACAUUGUACGUUAUAUGGAAAAUAUCCAAAUCAAAGAGAAUGUUUUGGGGAAGAUGAAAUGUUAAGUUAGUUGUCUAAAAUUGGAUUUGAAUAACAUCUAGACCUUGCCUCAUUAACUUGGUACGCCCAGAGAAUUGCCCUAAAGGCGGUUACGCCCACUUCUGACCCAAGGGUAUAAAACCUGUGAGUAUAGAAUUUACAGACAAGACUUCGUGACCCCAACUGCAGCAAGGUCUAAAAAGUCAAUGAGCCCAGAACGCAACGCACGUUUGAAGACAAAGAAAUCAUUUUCUACCCAAGCUACGGAUGAGUAGCUGUGUCUAAGCGGGUGAAUUCAAGUCGAACCACCUAGCCUCCAUCUCCCAUCGAAUCUUGGUAUCUAAAGGGUUUCAUUCCUAUGCUGUGAGCUCUGAGCUACAGAGCUGUCUGUCCUCAGAAGACCCCUUCCAGAGCAAAGGGUGAGGGAACAGACUCCUCAGCCAAAAAGGACACUGACAUCGGGAGGACGAUCAGGGAGGUGCGCCGGAGUAGUGCGUCAUCGAACAGCUGAAGGCCUACGCAGAGAAUCCUCGGAGAUCAUCCCCACCUAAUUACAUCAUUAUAUUCUGACCCAUAAGAGCGGCAGUUUGGGGCAAGGCUAUGGUUAGAAUAGCAGAGCUGACAAAUUCACCCAAAUGUAUAUUUCUCUUGUGUACUUUCUUUUUUCUCUCUCUUUUGAAAUCCUCAUUGUGGGUAACAUGCGCCAUAGUGAUUUUGCCCGUUAUACUACGUUCUAAUAAAUAGCCUAUAAUGUG